AUGGGCCCAACUCAAGUCGCACGUGAGCAACAGGUAUGUUAAUUUUCGUCUUUCCAAGGUUGAAGAUAGUGCGCUCGAUUUUAUUGCUGCCGUUGAUGAAGACUUAGCACAAAGGUUCAUUGAGCAUGCAUACAAUUUCCAGAAUAUUUUCAAAGCAGCCGAUGUAGAGGUGUAAGCCGCCGAGCUGAACCGCCACUGUCACGGAAUCGUCGAUAAUUUUAAGAAUUUCGUAGCCACCACCGCUAUGAAAAAGUUAGUUCAACCAGUGUGCCACCACCACGAACGAAAAUUUUUGAUAAUAGUAUGAAGCACCACCGGCAUUGACAGCGAUACAUAAGCGAUGGGUCAUUUUUUCCACUUUUAGGAGCGAAAACAUUUCUUUUUCUGGGGUAAAGCCGCCGCCGACGUAGAAAGCAUAAAACCUAGUAGGCGGCGCCGCUAUGAGCAAAAGAUGUAACCGUUAAAACGGCUGCCACUCUUUGACCCUCGGCUUACACCUCUAAGCGGAUGUCAUUGUGGAAAACAAUAUUGAGUCACAAUUGAUUGAAGCGGUAGGUUAUCAUUUUGCCCCAAAUUGUGGUUCCCUGAAUCAAUCCCCAAAUCAUAUCCC